AUCAGAAAAAAUGAGCCCAAAUGUAUGGGGCCCAAACACAACCCACAUUUCUGCCUCAUUCUUGCAAAACCCCCGUCCCCAGUCUUCCUCCGUCUCCGGCAAAAUCCUCACAUUUCCGGCAGUCCAACGGUAGUUGAUUGAGUCAAGAGGAGACAAAAGAUGCCGCUUUAUGAUUGUAUGCUUUUACUGAAACCACAUGUAAAGAAGGAGGCUCUGAUGGACCUUGUUGCAAAGGUUGGGAAGCAUGUUUAUAGAAAAAAUGGUGUGCUUACAGAUUUAAAGUCAUUUGGUACUGUUCAACUGGGUUAUGGUAUUAAGAAAUUAGAUGGAAGAUACUAUCAGGGUCAACUGAUGCAAAUGACAGUGAUGACACCUCCCAGUUUUAACAAUGAGCUGCAUUACUUGAACAAAGAAGACCGCCUACUUCGAUGGCUUUUGGUUAAGCAUCGUGACAUCAAAUUGGGAUUUGACCUUUUAGGUGAAGAUGAUGCUACCGCUGACCUAAGCAAGUUCGGGAGCAAGAUAUAUGGAAGUGAGGAAGAAGAGGAAGAGGAUGAUGAUGAUGAUGAUGAUGAAUACAAUGUCGAUGAAUCUGAGAAGAAGUCGGUCUAGAACACUUAUUUCACUAUAAGCUGCUUAGGGGCCACCAUAAACCCAAACCAGUUGAAGAUAAAAAGGCCACAAGAAAAACUACAAGUUAAUCCCUGGCUGAAACUAAUACUAGUAAAUCAGUAGAUUUUGGUAAAUUUCUGGCACUGCCACUUUCUGUCUUUGGUCUUUAACUAUGACUCAAUUUUUCUGUCAUCAAUCGGUAUGUUUUCUAAUCUUGAUUAUAUUUUCUUGA